CUGGACUUGUUUUGAUUGGCUAAAAUACUCCACGUCAUCGUGUGGCAUCCAAUUUCUUACUUGCCAUUGCCCAUGCUCUAAGAGUAUAGGACCAACUCAUCCGUGGUCUAGGAUUUCUUGAUCCAUUUAUGUGCUACCCAAACACAAACUCGACCCAAAACUCCAAAAGGGAUAAUCUCAAUCCUAACCCUGGGACCGAAUUGAAGGUUCCAAACGCACAGGCGGGUAAAUCUCCGCCGGGAAAGGACAUACUAAAAAUGAAGACGGAGAGGGAGACGACGGUCGGGCAAGGAAAGGAAACCUACAACUUGCGAUCCAGGGUGGUUUAUUCCGUCACCUCACCACCGCCAGAAGAAGACAGCCGCCGCCGUAGAUUAUCACAGGUUUCCAAAGUUCUAAAAGAGGAGACAGCUAAAGCCAAAUUACCUGAAGAUGAAGAGGUUUCCAAAGCUCAAAAGGUGGAGACAGCUAUAGGCAAAAAACCUGAAGAUGAACCGACCGUGCGCCCUGCCGGAGGUCUUUUUCGCGGACCUCCUCCUCUGACCGGUCAACGCCUUAAGGACCAUCAAAAGGAACAGCAGCGCCAACUCCGUGCAGAGGCAACAAAAUCCUUGAACUGGUACAAUAAGGGCCGCCAACAGCGUGGGCUUCCCAAGUACGUUCUUGUGAAGACAAUGAAAAUGCAAGCCUUUGCCCUUAAGUGCGGAUUUGUGCACCAUCUCAACUUCAAGGCCCGGCCAAAAGACGAUCCUGCUGCUCCUCCAGAGCUCUUUUUUGCUGAAAGGGUGGUUAGUUGGCAUGGAUUGGUAGAUACACGUUGCUACAGCCUGGGGACUGGUUCUCCUAAAACUGGAGGAGGUGGGGAGUGUAAUCUUUGUUACAGGAUUUAUCACCCAAGGGACGUGGAAUUUGUGGGCAGGGCAGACCACCUACAAGGAGGUGGUGGAAUCAAGAGAAGCCCGGCAGAGGGGACAACUGGAACGGUUCAAGAGCCAAGCAUCUACGCAUCCGCCGUGGAACACGUGGGCGCACUCCGGCAUAACCUUAACCGUCUCCGAGUCCUCGAACGUCCCCAGACAUAUCGAGCACUCGUUCCUCCCCACCAUCUCCAGCGACCCGUACCUCGCUUCCGGGAGGUUCUUCACCGCCUCCUCGCCCAGUCCCUUGUUCCCUGCCGCCGCCGCCGCGGUGGUAGUAGGAGGAGAAGGCUCGCCCGGCCGCCUCCUGCCGCCGCGGAGGAAGCAGUAGAAGAGGAGGGCGAGGAGGAGGAGGAGGAGGGAGAAGAAGAUGAGGAAGAAGAAGAGGACGCCGGGGUCCCUUAGGCUGGAGGUGAAUGCAGUUAGGUCUAUCCUCCACCAGUUUGGAGGGGUCUCUGCCUCUCUUGGUAAGGCCAUGGCCGGACGCCCUUAAUUAAUUUUUAGAUCUUUUGUUUUGUUCUUUUUUCGGCAAUAAAUAAUGCAGAAAUGAAAUGAAGAGAUGAUCGAGAGCUGUAAUUAAUAAGUGUGUAUAUG